AUGUCGCGCAACCAACCCAUGAGCAUCGAGGCCAUGCUCGACAUGGAGCGCAAGGAGGUUCUAGCAUUGCUAGAGAACAGGCCUAAACCUAACCCUGCCAUGCAAGGCGGUAUGCGAUCUGCCUCGCCUUAUGCCACUCCUCGAUCUCCUGUCCGAAGCAUGUUGGAUGUCGGUAAUCAACCAGCACCCGGUUCUCCUCGCCAAGCUCCAGUGCGGAGUAUGCUCGACACCACCUCUCCUCCUCCACCCAGAGUUCGAAGUAUGCUGGAUACCGACACACCUCUAUCCGCCGCGAAGCCCUCUGGCACUAGCACAACUCCCAACUCUCCAGUUAUGACCAAAGCAUCCCUUGCGCCUGCCAACACUGGACACACUCGAAGCUUUUCUGACGCUGCAUCAAAUCCAGUCGAGUUUGGACCUCGAGCAGCUUCUCGGAAUGACCCUGUCGCAGGCUAUCAAUUUUCCGAUAUUAUUACUCGUAACUCAGGCCAGCAACUCCCCAAGAGAAACACACAGGGCGGUAGAAAGCCGUCUGGAAAUGCCUUGAGCGAAGCACUUAGAAAUUCAGACCUCAGUGGCCUUCAAAUUCCAGGUGAGAGUGAUCGUAAGCGUUCCUGGUUCGGUGGCAACAGCAACAAGAAAUCGAAGUCGCCGCAUAACCGUCUAGCAUCGCGGUCCAGAUCACCCCAUGUACCACAAGCGCUGAGCCCCGGUACAGCUAUGCUGGACGACGGCACUAUCGUGGAUUUAAGCAGCGCUUAUCGUCGACUUUCCGACGCAAAUUUGGCAUACUCAACUGGCAGUUUGUCAGCGCUGCCCAAUCGCCAAAACAGUCAGAGUGGCCGUAUGAUAAAAGACUAUUUGGGUCCCGAUGGCGAGGCACUGGGCUCCAGUGAUGAAGAUGAGCCAUACUCAUCUGACGAUGAAGAUCGUGGUCGUAAGAAGGAUCCUAGGUCGCUCAAUCCCGACGCGGUGGGCCAGUCCGGCAGCGAAAAAGAGCGCCGAAAAUCACUGAGUCUCAUGGCUGCUGCGGAAGAAGAGCGGGUGACCGUAUCAAAGCAACAAGGCUACCGCUCUCUUUUUGAUGAGCCAGAGAUCAAGGUCACGACUCCUCUGGGCGAAAACACACGACUGAACAAGGGUGGCGGUGUGCAUCCCAAGACAGCUUAUGAUCAGAUGUCAACUGUUGCUUCAGCGAACGAUUCCGAUGAGGAGCUGGAUAUGGAUGACAUCAAGAGAGCUCAAAAUUUGACCUGCUCAAUGUCAAACAUCAUCUCUACCAAUGAGUCUCACCGGGCUAUUCGCAUGAUUUACCGUGGCGACUACAACAAGAUUGCCCAGCAAGCUGAAGAUGAGCAACACCGGUUGCGAAAAUAUCUGGUUGCAUCGGAUCUGAGCGACGAAUCAACACAUGCCCUGGAAUGGGCUAUUGGUACGGUCUUGCGAGACGGUGACACGUUGAUGUGCAUAUACUGCGUGGAUGAAGAGACCGGCAUUGGUGGGGUUGAUAAUUCAGUUCCUGAUGAUCCAAAGGCCAUGAAGGAGCAAGCAGCUGCGAUCAACACAGUCGCCAGCUCAAGAUCUGUCGCACCAUCCAUGUCUGCAGUGCCAGAUUUCGUGCGGAACACGAUUCGAGGCGAUUCGAAAAACAACACCCCCAACACUUCUCCGGCACCAUCAAGCCGAGCAGGAGGAGAAAGGGGCAGGGCAGAGGACGAGCGACGCCAUGCCGUUAAGCAAAUCACCGAUAAAGUGCUGCGCCUUUUACGAAAAACAACUCUUCAAGUGAGGGUCAUUGUGGAGGUACUGCACUGCAAGAACCCAAAACACUUGAUAACAGAAGUGAUUGACCUUGUCAAUCCAACUCUGGUUGUUAUAGGAAGUCGUGGGAGAAGCGCACUAAAGGGUGUCAUUCUGGGAUCUUUUUCCAACUACCUGGUCACCAAAAGUUCUGUCCCCGUUAUGGUAGCGCGAAAACGCCUCCGGAAGCAGGGUAAAUACCGAGGCGUGAAGCCAGUGAACAAUCUCAGCAACCCAACGGCUCGAAGUCUGGCCAGUGCUAAGAUCGAUUAA